UGCGGCAGCGUUUCCGGUUCCGCUCGUGGUUUCCCUGAGGCGCGCGGUGCCCAGCGCUCUCAUUGUGCGCUCUAGCCAUGGCGUACCGCGGCCAGGGCCAGAAGGUGCAGAAGGUGAUGGUGCAGCCCAUCAACCUCAUCUUCAGGUAUCUCCAAAAUCGGUCUCGAAUUCAGGUGUGGCUAUAUGAGCAAGUAAAUAUGCGAAUAGAGGGCUGCAUAAUUGGUUUCGAUGAGUAUAUGAAUCUUGUGUUGGACGAUGCAGAGGAGAUUCACUCUAAAACAAAGUCAAGGAAACAGCUUGGGCGGAUCAUGCUCAAAGGAGACAACAUUACCCUACUACAGAGUGUCUCUAACUAGAAGUAUAUGGUCAGUGAAGUUAGAAGACACUCCGAAGGCAAUACUUUUUUUUCUUAGUUACAUUCUCUGGGCUUCAAAAGCCAGCUACACGUUUUUUCUAUGUUAUUUUGAUCUUUCUUUUAUGAUAUUAUAACAAUAAAUGGGUUGCUCUGGGGUUUGUUUCUAUUAAAAAAUUCUGCAUUGAAUUUC